AUGGCCAGAGAAAGUGUCUGUUACUGCAAUAAAUCGAAAAGUGAUCUGGAAAAGUUCGAUUACGACCUGAUCGUGUUGGGAGGAGGCUCAGGCGGUUUAUCCGCAGCUAAAGAGGCGGCGGACCUCGGAGCCAAAGUUGCCAUAUUCGAUUGCUGUGAUUCUCGAUUUUCUGGAUGGCAAAUUGAAGCCGACAUCCAACAUAACUGGAGAAGCUUGGAAAAUGUUGUACAAAAAUACGUUAAAACCGUAAAAUGCGCUUUGAAAGCCGAACUCGCCAGAAGAAAAAUUGUACAUUUUCCAACGAGCGGAUCGUUCAAAGACCCGCACACAAUUUUGCCAGCGAAAAGCGGUCACAAAGAAGUGACUGGAAAAUUAAUUCUGAUCGCUCUGGAAGCCAGAGAACAAUACCCCGAUAUACCUGGCGAUGUACAGCUGGGAAUUACCACCGAAGACCUCUUCAGUCGGGAAAAGUCUCCUGGAAAAACGUUAAUAAUUGGGGCUGGUUGCAUGGGAUUAGAAUGCGCCGGUUUUUUAAACGGUCUUGGUUACAACGUAACUGUAAUGAACAGGUCAGCGAUGGCUCUCAAAAGAUUGGACCAAAGUAUGGCCUCUCAUGUCGUAGCUGAAAUGGAGCAGCGUGGAGUGAAGUUCCUAAGCGAAUGCCAGGCGAAAUCCAUUACAAAAUCUCCUGAUUCCGAGAGACUCCAAUGCACGUGGGUUGAUGGAGAAAACCAGCAAGUUGCAGAGGAUUUCGACACCGUGCUCUUUGCCAUCGGCCGGAAAACUUACCUCACUAAUCUCAACUUAGAAAAAGCUUCUGUCCGGGAUUUUAACGCGGAUAGUGGGCAUAUUCAAACGAUAAACGAGCAGACUAAUGUUCCUCAUAUUUUCGCUGUUGGGGAUGUUUUGCAUGAUAAACCGCAAAUGGCUUCCAUUGCUCUUCAAGCGGGCAAAUUGCUAUCCAGACGACUGUUUGCGUGCAGCCGAGAGCACAUGGACUAUGAAAUAUUUGGAUUUGUCCUCUUUACUCCCCUGGAAUACGGAGCUGUAGGUUUAACUGAAGAAUCAGCACUAAGCCGCUUUGGAGAAGACAGCAUAGAGGUAUACCAUGCCUACUAUAAACCGUCCAGUUACCUACUGACCCAGCGCUCGAUUGAACAUUGCUACCUAAAAGUGGUGGCUCUGCGUGAAGGAGCUGGGAAAAUUUUGGGAAUGCACUUUUUGGGGCCGAAUGCAGGCGAAGUCGUUCAGGGAUUCGUCACGGCAAUGCGGUGUGGAUUGACUGUUGAAAGUCUGCUGAAUACAGUUGGUAUUCAUAUUACAAAUGCGGAAGAGUUUAUUAAGUUGGACGUUACGAAGAGAUCGGGUCUUGACCCGAAGCUCACACCUUGUUGUAGUUAAGUUAUUUUUAUUCGCCAUAAGCACAAGAGUGUAUUAAUUUUUAUUGGCUGUGGAUUUAUGUACGUGGGGGCCUGGUAGUAAGUGAAUGAAAAUACUACCAGUUAAGCAUUUUAAAUUUAAAUAAAUAUAAUAAUUGUGUGAUGA